AUGCAUAAAUAUUUUAUUUCAACAAUUUUCUUAAUUAUUGGAUUUUGUUUUAGUUUUGGAAAUGGAGGUAUGUUGGUACAGAGUUUUAAUGGACCAAUUACAAACGAUGAAAUUCAAUCGUUUUUAAACCAUGUUGUAUCAUUGACACCUGCCUCUGAUAAUAUCGGAAACAAUUGGGCUCAAUCCGGUGAUAGAAGUGGAGAAGUAACCAAAUCCAUGGGUAUCAUAAACGACUUGGCACCUGCACCUGUCGGUCAGAAUACCAUUUGGACGGGUAGAAUCGAUCCAUGUUGGCCGAAUACCAAUACUCCUCAGACCAGUGGAAGUGGAGGUGAACAAGGAGAUCCUGCCGGUCAUCUAGGAUACUGUGCUCGUUUAAUCCUUCAAACUCCAGCCAUUUGGAACACCGUUAUUCCAUCACCGGGAGAUCCAAACAACUUGGGUUCCACAUAUUUGCUUCGUGCAAAGAAAUAUAUAAGUGGUGCCGACUACUCAAUGUCCAACCACACCCUGAGAUCAGCUCUCAACAUCGCGAACGGAGGUAAACUAUACUUUAGCCAAGCGAAUCCUUACAAAUCCGGACAAAUCGUUCCUUGGAAUCAAGUAAUGAUGUUCCUCUAUGCAUUCCAAAACUUGGCUGUUGCACACGAUAUUCUCCAAGACAAUCCGGAUCUCGCCAGCCAAUAUCACAAUCUUGUACAAGUCAAUCUGAACUGGAUGUUCAACGAAGGAAUGGUCAAGGUAAACAACGGUCCUAAAGGAAGACCUAUCUACAGAUGGGGAUAUGUUUUACCAAAUACCAAUGGUGAAGAUACCAACCAUGGAAACCUCGAUGUUUCCGGACUCUACCGUGCAUACCAGUCCGGAUACUAUGGAGUUACUUCGUCCAUGUUGUUGCCAGUCGCCAACACCUAUUGGGAUAUAGUCUAUCGUGGACCGGCCGACUACUCUGGUAUUCUCGACGGAACCGACGGAACUGGUAAUGCAUCUCCCACCAACUAUGUCCGUGCAGGCUAUUUCUCACUCACUGAAUUCCGUCCCGAUACGUUCAGCCAGCUAACAACCGAUUGCACACUCCGAGUUGGAAGUAGUUCCAACACUGCAACAGACCGUGUCUCCCGAAUGUUUUGGCUCAAGAAUCAACGCUACCAAUCGUUCUCAAUGAAUGUAGUGCCGACUUUGGGUGCCGCCUAUACCAGCAACUACAUAGUAAGCAUCCGUCCCAACGGUGCAUGGAAUAGCGAUGUCUCCUUGAAUGUCCGCGGACUACCAGUCGGCGCUACAGUAACUUUCAACGGCAGCAGCAAUGUCAUAGCCAAAGGUAGUGGAUCGCUUAUUAUCACAGUAUCGACAAGCUAUCCAACACCACCAGGUAACUCAACGCUAAACAUUGUCAGCAGUGGCUGGGGAGCAGUAAGUCAAUCUAGUAGCGUAACAAUGACCGCACUUCAACAGAUACCCAAACCAAAGUUUUCUCUCGAUGGUGGUAACUAUGUUGGAAAACAAACACUUACUAUUACAUCCCAACUUUCAAGUACCAUCAGAUACACCACCGAUUCAAGUACACCGGCAUACAACAAGGGUAUCAUAUACAGUCAACCAAUUGCAAUCACAAAGAAUACAACCAUAAAAGCUGUUGCUUAUCGCACCAAUUAUAAAGAUAGCUCUACAACCACUGAAAUUUACUAUAUUAAAUAA